CGAGUGACACAGCACUUCUUCAGACUCUAGUGUACUGGAUCAUUCCGGGUCUGCUAACCAGAUCUCUCUGCAGCUAGGACUCCAGGAGAGGAAACAAAGGAGGGAGAGGAAAAGGAACCAGACCUUGAAGAGCUCCUGUGACAAUGCCCUCAUGUAAUAACUCCAUUCCUCAGCCCUUGAUAUUCAUCCUGACCGGAAUCCCAGGCCUCGAAUCCUCCCAUGGCUGGUUCUCAACGUUCUUUUUCUUGAUAUUUGUAAUAACCAUCAUAGGAAAUGGCACCAUUUUAAAUAUAAUUUGGAUAGAGAAGACUCUCCAUGAGCCAAUGUUUCUCCUCUUGGCUACACUAUCAGUUGUGGACUUGUGCCUGGUUACAGUCACUGUACCCCGAAUGCUAGGAAUCUUCUGGAUGAAUGCCAAAGAAAUCAGCCUUGAGGCCUGCCUCACACAGAUGUUUUUCAUCCCUUCCUUUUAUGUCAUGGAAUCGGGGAUCCUCUUGGCCAUGGCCUUUGAUAGAUUUGCAGCUAUCUGGUACCCUUUGAGGUACACAACCAUCCUGGACAGAAACAUGCUUGUGAAGAUGGCACUGGCUAUACUGGCAAGGGCAGUGGCCGUGGUCACCCCUGCCCCCAUCCUAACUAAAAGGCUGGAACGAUUCCAAACACAGGUCAUCAGUUAUUCCUACUGUGCCUACAUGGCUGUGGUGAUGAUUGCUUGUGGAGACAUCUCCAACCACGUUGUCUACGGCCUCAUGGUUAUUGUAGCAUCUGUGGGGAUUGAUCUCCUUUUUGUCAUUCUGUCCUAUACUCUGAUCCUUUGUGCUGUCUUUCGUAUUCCAUCUGGGCAAGCCAGGAGAAAAGCUCUCAGCACAUGUGGUUCUCAUCUGUGUGUCAUUGGUCUGUUUUAUUCUCCAGUUGUCUUUUCUGUCUUAUCCCAGAUUUUAGGGUACCAUAUGGCUCCCUACUUACAGAUUAUAAUCGACAAUUUGUAUUUUCUGGUGCCUCCUAUGGUCAACCCCUUAAUAUAUGCAGCCCGAACCAAACAGAUGAGGGAGCGGGUGUUGCGUGUACUGACCUGUCAGAGAAACUGAGCUGACGCCUGUGAUGCAAGGAAGACAUGGAGGCAUGGGGGGUGAUAUCCACAGCCAGAAGUUCAAAUAAUUUCUACCAGUUCAGGAUUCUCUUCAGAGGGGGAAGAGAGUACUAAUUCAAGAAAAGAACUCUGUCAGGUUAGAAAUAUAACUUGCAUGUAUUCGUUUGAUCUUAAUGUAUGAAAGCUUAGUAAUUCCUAAGUACUUGCUCUUAUGUAAGAAAAUAGGGACAUUGCAUCGUAACUUUUAUUGUUUAUAUGAUCAAAUGAUAUUACUUGAACUGAAAACAUUUUCCAAAUGGUGUAAGAGUGUGUCAUCAACAUGGUGAGGCUUUAAUUUUAUCUUUUCAUGGUUGUGAUUCACUCUUUCACCAAAUCAUAAUCAUAAAUAAUAUAAAAGAAUUUUAAAAAUAGAUAUGUAAAUAUAUCUAUGAACAUAUUGAUAACUAAUGAGCUUUAUUUCUCUACUUAUAUUGUACAUUAAAGAAUCAUAUUGGAUAUGUUAUAAAAUGCCUUUAGAAGUUCUAA